GUUUUAGAUUCCAAAGUGUUCAUUUCGAACAACAAAAAUUAGUAGGCAAAUUGUGAAGGUUAUUUGUUAAUGUAAAUCAAAAAAGAAAAUAAAAAGUAUUUUAAGAAAAAUAUAAAAAAUUAUUUAUUUAAAUAGAAAAAAGUAUUUAUCAAUAUAUAAGGAAAAAAUAUUAUUGACGCAUAUUUAAUAUUGAAGAAUUCAAAAGAAAAAUCCAAAGUAAAUAGCAAAGAAAAAGUAUAUUACAUACAUACAUAUAGCAAUAUUGUGACGAAAAAGAAAUUUGCCGGGAAAAGGAUAUAUGAAUAAUUCGCAUAUACAUACAUAAAUUAUAUCUAUAAUAUACAUACCUAUAUCUAUAAGAUAAAAAAAGUUUGAGCUGCCUUAAAAAAAUUUAAGGCAACAGAAAAAAAAUUAAUUUCUAAAUUAAUUAAAACCAAAAAGAAAAAAAUUGUGUAAUAUAUAUAAUAUAUAGUACAUAAAAAUGAGUUCAGCAGAGAAAAACGAAGUUGCUGUAGAAAAAGCUCCAGACGCCACAGAUGCCGCCGCCGAAAAAACAGAAAAAACUAAGGAUACACCUACAAAAGAAAAAAAGUCUGAACCAGUAAAAGGAACAAAAAGGCCCGCAGAUGAAAAUGCCACAGAAUCAAAGAAAAAGAAAAAAGAAGAAAAUGGUGAUGGUGAAGAGGAAGAGGAAGUUACUUUCGACGAUAUUCUACUAGAAGAAGGUAUUGAAGAAGUUGAAAGUGAAUAUGAAGAAGAAAUUGAUUAUAAUAUUCCAUACUAUGAAGAAGAAGAAGAUGUCGAUAGUGAAGGAGAAGAAGAAGAAGAUGAUGAAGAAGAUGGUGAAGAGGACAAUCAGGCGUUAUAAUAAAGUAUAGUCAGACACAAAAAAAAAAUUAAUUUAAAAAAUUUUUAAAACAUUUAAAAUAGUUUGAUAAGAAAUAAUAUUUUUUUUUAUUUCUUAUUAAAAAAAAAAGUAAAAAAAAAAAUAAGUAAUUAUAUUUUAAUUUUUUUUUAUUUUAAAAAAAAAAUACUAUGCAAAAUUUUCUUUUUAAAUUGUAAGAUUUAAUAUAUAAAAGAAAAAUAUUAAAAAAUUAAGUAUAAAAAAAUAGACAAAAAAUUUGAAAAAAAAGAAAAAAAAAUACAAAAAAUAAAAGAGCAAAAUAUUACUUAAAAAAAUAAAAA